AUGCAGAAGUACUUGUUUUCUCCUCAAGACCACACACCAAUAGCAGAACUAAUCAGCAAAGAAGCCAAAAUCACCAUCACAGUUGGAGGAGUUGCAACCCAAGCAGCAGCAGGAGGUGCACCGGGGGCAACGUCUCCCGCAUUGGAGUUGGAUGAAUUUGAUGGCGCGGAGCUUGACUCAGGUGUUGGGGUUGGAGUUGAUGAAGAUGGUGAUGGUGGAGUUGAUGAAGAUGGUGAUGGUGAUUCUUCUGGUGUUGGAGUACUAGCCAGUGGAGACGGAGACUUUGGUGGUUGUGCUGGUGCUGGAGGAUUAGCCAAUGGAGAUGGAGAGCUUUCUGAUCCUGGAGCCGAUGCUGGCGACUUUGAUGGCACUGGUGACAUCUGUGGUGUCUUGGCCGCUGGUGAUGGCCCUGGGGCCCCUGUUGGACCCUCGCUAAUUGGUGAUGGAGCCAAUGUUGGUGUAUUAGCGCUUGGCGGUGAAGACUUUGCAGGAACUGGUGACAGCCCUGGAGCCCCAGUUGGAGCCUUGCCGCUUGGCGAUGGGGAGAUAGGUGACACUGAUGGGACUUGA